AUUUUAAUACCUUUACCUGGCUCCUAUGUCUCAAAACUGUUCUGGUACUGGAUGUGUGUUAAGUAAAAUGUGUUCUACUUUUAUCUUUAAUAUUUUUAUGCAUGCUUUUUAAUUAAUAUCAAGCGAUCUUUGGCGCUUUACUUGCUGUAACAAAUAUAAAGGUACCCUCUGUGGGACAAACAAAGGUAUUUUGAAUCUGAAAGUGUAGAUACUGCUUUGAGUUCCCAAUGAGAAAAAUACACUGAAGGGUUAGGGUUAGGAGAAUGAUGGAAAAGUACAGCGCAAAUGGAAAAUAUUGUUUACAGAAACGUAAACUUAAACUGAUUUAGAUUUUUUUUUAACGUGAUGAAAAAAAAGCGAGAUGUUACACCCACAACUUCAUAUAGCCUAACCUUAAUUCAUAACAUCUGAACAACCCCUUUAGUGACCCCACCAUCUCAUUGUGUUCUUUAUCAUCUCCAGACUGCAUCCUGUCCCUGAAACAGCUUGUCUCCCUCUGUCUGAACUGAGGAGCUGCCAGGGGGAAGGGACGAUGUCCGUCUGUCUCCGAAAAUAGCACAGUGGGGAACACGACAGGGCUGGAAAAACACUGUGCUGUGUGGCAGUGCGUGCUGGGCUGCAGGGAUUGCAACAUCGGCCGUCCUGUUGCCACCACUCAGAUCUGGGAUCUCUCCAAUGCCUGGUUCAGAGGAGUGCAGUGACUCAGAGGAACACAUUAACCUGUUGAUCUUCUAUUAGUGACACAAUCAAGUAGGUAGGGCAAGUCUUCCCUUAAUUCGAGUAUUCCCUCACAGUUACAGAAAAUCAAAAGGUCUGAUGGACGAUCUAAGGCAGAGGUUGGGGGCCAUGUCACAGACAAUAUGCCCAAAGUGGUGGGCUUCAACUGAAAACAAUGUAAAGGCCCCGAUUAAUGAGAAAGACGAGAAAAUGCAGUUGAAGAGAGAGAUCUCCCUGGGGAAUGGGAUCUGCCUCAUCGUUGGGAACAUGAUCGGCUCCGGGAUCUUCAUUUCGCCGAAAGGUGUCCUCAUGCACAGCUGCUCCUACGGGCUGUCGCUGGUGAUUUGGGCCGUUGGAGGCAUCUUCUCCGUGUUUGGGGCUUUGUGCUACGCAGAGCUCGGCACCACCAUCACCAAGUCUGGAGCCAGCUAUGCCUACAUCCUGGAAUCCUUCGGAGGCUUCCUUGCCUUCAUCCGCCUGUGGACAUCCAUCCUGCUGGUGGAGCCGGCCAGCCAGGCUAUAAUUUCACUGACCUUUGCAAACUACCUGGUGGAGGCUUUCUACCCCACCUGCAAUCCUCCGUAUGAUGCUGUCCGGCUCAUCGCGGCAGCCUGCCUCUGUAUGCUGAUCUUCAUUAACUGUGCCUGUGUGAAGUGGGGGACUCUGGUCCAGGACAUUUUCACUUAUGCCAAGCUCAUGUCGCUCUUCCUCAUCAUCAUUAUAGGAAUAAUAAAGAUAUCUGCCGGAGAAACUAAGAACUUGGAGAUUCCGUUUGAGGGCUCCUCCACAGAUCCUGGAGCCAUAGCUCUGGCCCUUUACUCAGCUCUGUUCUCCUACUCUGGCUGGGAUACACUCAACUUCGUCACUGAGGAGAUAAAGAAUCCGGAGAAGAAUCUUCCCCUGGCCAUUGGCAUCUCCAUGCCCAUAGUGACCAUCAUCUACCUGCUGACCAACGUGGCGUACUACGUGGUUCUGGAUAUGCCGUCUCUGCUGGCCAGUGACGCUGUCGCUGUGACGUUUGGGAAUGCAGUCCUGGGGCCGUUCAGGUGGAUCAUCCCUGUUUCGGUGGCCAUGUCCUGCUACGGAGGACUCAACGCUUCUAUCAUCGCUGCCUCACGGUUGUUUUUCGUCGGAGCCAGAGAGGGCCACCUCCCCAACAGUCUGAGUCUGAUCCACCUGGAGCGCUACACCCCCAUACCUGCACUGCUCUUUAAUGGGUUGAUGGGACUGAUCUUCCUGUGUGUGGAGGAUGUGUUCCAGCUCAUCAACUACUUCAGCUUCAGUUACUGGCUCUAUGUGGGUCUGUCUGUGGCCGGCCUCAUCUACCUGCGCAUCACUCAGCCAGACAGAUACAGGCCUGUGAAGUUGUCCUUAUUCUUCCCCUUCGUCUACUGUCUGUGUAGCGUGUUCUUAGUCGUCGUCCCUCUGUACGGAGACACCAUCAAUUCUCUAAUAGGAAUAGGUAUUGCUCUGACUGGGGUGCCUGUCUACUAUCUGGCCAUUUACCUUCCUGAGGAGAGGAGGCCCAAAUUCAUACACAAAUUGAAUGACUUUGCCACCAUAAACACCCAGAGGCUGCUCUACUGCUGCUUGACUGAAUUUGACACUGAGACAGAAGUAACAGCAGACAGUAAAACGCAGUGAGCUGCAGACACACAUCGCUCAGCAGCCGGCUAUCUGCAGGGCGCCUCCGUCCUGUCCAUGUGUUUACGUUCAUUGCUCCCUGAACACAGAACAGCGAGGCCUUGCAUGGGCAGAGUGGUGAGGCGCAGGCCCGCUACAUUUGAGAGGAUUACUUCUCCCAGAUCAAGUUAAAGAAAUGCCUGACAUCUAAAAUGACUCACUAGGAAGGAGCAGGAAUUGCAAAUUAUUGUUUCCUUCUGAGAUCAAAGAACCUCUGCUCGAGAAGAUGAUGCAAUUAUGGAACAAAUAUGGAGCUCACAUUUUUAUUGGAGGACUUGCUGUGGUAUUAUUAUUAUUAUUUUUCUUGAAAUGGCUCAUUGCUGUAUAAUGAAUACAAUACUUAAUCACCCUGACUGUAUUUCUGUUAAGAAUUCAUUUUAAUUAGGCUUCCAAAUGUUACAACACAUAACCAACAGACAUUACACAUUACAUAUUUAAGAGCCGGCAAACCCUUCCUGUACCUGGGUUGUACACUUACAACCUCUCUCAUUAGCAGGCUGGAUGUCUCCAUAAGGGGGAACUGCUUCAUCAUUGUCAGACUGUAACUGCAGGGCCAGUUGUCAAAUGAUAAUGGACCAAUAUGUGUGGUACCAUUUCAAGAUGGACAUGACUUUGUGUUCAGAUGUAUUAGAAGAAGAAGAUAUACUUUAUUAACCCCCAACGGGGAAAAUUCACUCACAUGAUUGAUAUACUUCAACACAUGCAGGACAGGAGAGAGUUUAGUGCCUUGCUCAAGGGCACCUCAGAAGUGCCGGGGUAAAAAGACACCUCUCAGGUACCAUUCCCCAAUCUGUAUUUGGUCCAAUCCGGAAGCGAGACCCUUCAGUUCAAAGUACAAGACCCUAGAGACUGAACUACGUUGCAUUUGACCCAUCCUAGUGUUAGGAGUAGUGGGCUGCCAUUAUGUACAGCGCCCAGCGAGCAGUGUAGGGAAUGGUGCCCUGCUCAGGGACACUUGGUCUUUCUGGGACCAAGUACUACCAAGGUGUCCUAAUAAUUCAAUUUAAGUUAAAGGUCAAACUUUUCAAAAAUUGCAUCAUUUUUUAAAUGUUUAAUAUGAUAAAUGGUAAUCAGAAAAAAACCUGUAAGCGCAGAGUUGAGCAGAUUCAGUAAUAUUUACUCUUUAAACUUGAAAGACUUUUAGAAUCCAGAAGCUGUAAUUCUCUGCAUCUGCUCAACAAGGCAUCACGUUGCAAUAAUCAUGCAUGAUUUAAACCUACUGCACUGCAGGGUUUUGUUCUCCUAACUGUAAGGCAUGUAGGUCUCAAGUGUUUUUCUUAUCAGUCUUAAAACACUCCGUUUUUGUGUCACUUUGAUUGUAAUGUUUUUCAGCCUCAUACUUGAAUUUUUGGUUUGACUAAAAGAGGUUUGCAUGCUUUAAUGUUCAAAAAAGACAAUAUUCUUCUCAUACUAGCUGUUCGAAUAAACCUUUAUUCACGCUCGGUCUGAAACGCUCCCUUUUAGCACUUGUGUCUUUAAGACCUUCUUAAAAUGCCCGGUCUUCUCUGAUUGGUUAGUGCUUCUUGGGGCCCCAUCACUGCCAUAUGUGUAUAUUUGUGACAUUGCUAACUUACCAAAAACCUGACGGCUCAUUUAAAGGAACUGUUACUGAAUAAGAGCUGUGCACUUCAUUUUUGGAUUUAACAUUUUGGAUACUUAAACGAAAAUCUAACUUUAAAUGUUUUCAGAGUCUAUUGAUGUCCUGUUUAGCUGUUCAAUGAGAAUUGAAAGUCAACUGCAGCUUUAAUUGUUUAAGUGCAAUUUCUUAAAGUCACUAUGCACUCACAGUUAUUGGUCCUUUCUUUAAAGCUUUGCAAUAAAUACAUUCUCAUUUUUAUUCUGUCAACCA